AUGAAAUUAGGAUAUAAUGAAAUAAUGAUAACAUCAAUGUAUUUUAAUAAUAUUAAAGAUUUUAUUAAUUUAGAAAUAGGAAUUAAAAGAUUUCAAGGAAAUAUUGAACGAUUUCAUUUUAAUCCAAUUCCAUUAAAUCAAUAUUCAAGAAAAUUGUUUCCUAAUAUUGAAACAUUUCAUAUUUAUAAUGAAGAUGAUGAAAUAUUUAAAGAUGGAAUAAUAUUUAAACAUGUAAUAUGGUAUCCAGUAAAUAGAGAUAAAUAUGGGAAUACAAUACCAUCAGAAGUUAAAUUACUUGGAUAUCAGUGUUUAAAUAUUGUUAUGGAUUAA